GCGGACCGGUAUAAAGGCGGCGGCGAGCGGAGCGCUCCGGGAUGCGUUGUGGUGGCCAGUUUGGGUCCGCUGCGUGGGACGGCAGCAGGAAGAUUGGUCCCAGCGCGGAGGUGCCACGGCGGGGGCUCGCCGGGAGCAGCCUAUACUCGCAGCCGUCGGUGCCACCUGUAGCCCCACUGUGUCCCGCGUGGCCGGCCGGCAGCAACAUGGUGGAUGUGUUCAGCGGGAGGCUCCUGGUCAGCAAGAACGGCCGCAGCGUGGACCCCGAGGAGGCUUUGCAGAACAAGGUCGUGGGCUUGUACUUCUCCGCCGGCUGGUGCUCGCCGUGCCGCGACUUCACCCCCAUCCUCUGCGACUUCUAUACGGAGUUGCUGUCGGGGACCCACCCGCCUGCCCCCUUCGAGGUCGUCUUCAUCUCCUCCGACCACAGCGCCGAGGAGAUGGCGGGCUACAUGCACGCCAUGCACGGGAACUGGCUCGCCCUGCCCUUCCACGAUCCCUACAAGCAUGAUCUGAAGAAGAAAUACAACAUAACAGCAAUUCCUAAACUGGUGAUUGUGAAACAAACUGGAGAAGUCAUUACUGACAAGGGAAGAAAACAGAUCAGAGACAAAGGACUAUCCUGUUUUCAGAACUGGCUUGAGGUUGCAGAUAUCUUUCAGAAUUUUUCUAGCUGAAAAGUUGGCAUAUGAAAAGACAAGGCAUCAUGGAAAAUUGUGGAGUUCUGAAAAGAUUAUUGCCUUGCUCAGGACAAAAAGGGUAAGGCUUAUUUAUCUUUGCUUGCUAACACAUUUUAUUUUCAGCUUAAAGAUUAGCUAUUCCAGUAAGUCAUAAAAUGCAGUUACUGUUUUAUUUGUAUUGUUCUAUCUACUAUAUUCAGUAUGAACCAAAGCAUUCCGUAUAGUACUGAAAAACUUCAAGAGGAUAGGCUGUUUUAGACAGUAAUAAUGGACCACUGUGAAAUCUAUGCAAAUGCUUUUCAAAAAUCUGUAAAGUAAAAAUCAUAUUUAUGCACAAACCUAUUUUUCCUGAUAUUUUUUCCUGGUGAUUAGCACAUAUUUUAUUAAAAUUGUUUAAUAAAUGUUUAUGAAGUUUGUCUAAUAUCUCUCUUAUGUACCUUCAGAUAAUCAGAAAAUGUCAGCUUUUUAAAAUAGGACAUGUGUCAGUACUGAAGAAAUACUUUUCUUUGUUUACUUUGUGUGGGAUUUACUUAAGUUUUACUAAGUAUUCCUUACUGCUGGAUUUUUAAGCUUGGCACUGUAAGCCAAGUUGUCUGCUGAGUUAACAUCAGGUCAAGUCUAAGAAGAAAGUGUUCUCCAUCUCCAUUUGCCAAAGUGCAUAGAAGCAAACAUGAAAAAUUAUACCAGCUCUCUUUGAGUGCCCAUGUUGUUUCAGAUUAUCUUAAGUUUUACUGAAUCUUUCUAUAUUUUGUUUGUGAAACCGCUACAGGAACAUUGGAACAUCUUGAUUUAGGAAGUUAGCCUUUAUUUUUAUGUUAGCAUGUGUUGCUGUACUACUUGAAAUCUGAUGCUGCGUUGCUUGAAAUCCCUGUUCUCUGUAGUAUAUUAGUCUUAGUCCUUGCUCUCUAGACCAUAACCAAAGCACUUAGGAUCUACUGUACACAGGAUGAGUUAUUUGACAACCUGGCAAGGUAGAUAUCUAGCUGGCCAACUUGGCAACAAAAUAAGAUUAGGGUGUUGUUUAGAUGAACUAUCCUCGUUAUACUCAUAAUAAUACUAAAAAACAAACCCACAGAUUGUGAAGACCCUUCCCCUGAGCAAGUGUGGUAACAGAAGAGAAUAACACUGCAGAUAUUAUAAUUGUAUGUAAAUUGCUAACCGAUCAUUGUAACUGGGAGUGUACUACCUUGUAAUUUUUGUGUAUAAAUGUAAUGACAAGAUUGGCAUGGGGUGUGCUUGAUUUGUGAAAAUUCCACCUAGCACCUAGCGCUGCAAUAAAGAAGUGCCUGCUGCUUAAUGCUA